AUAACAGCUGAUCCCAGCGGAAGAAGAGAAAUAAGAAAUCGUGACCUUUACUGUGAAUUUAAAGACUUUGGUUGUAAACAAGUUACCAAAUGGAAAGAUUUAGCGGAUCAUUUGCGUGGAUGCAAAUUUCAGCCAACAGAAUGUUCUAAUAAAAAAUUUGGAUGUAAAGUAGCACUACCAGGUCAUUUAUUGGAACAGCACAUACAGAAUGAUUGUGAAUACAGACAAGUACAGUGUCAAUAUUGUAAAAAUCUUAUACCAGUCAAACUGUUGCAGACACAUGUGGAAGAAGAAUGCUUGGUGGUUCAGCUGGCUUGUCCGUACAAUUGUGGUAGCCAACCAAUGGCUAGGGCAGAGCUCAAUAACCAUAAAGCCAUGUGUCCAAGUAAACCUAAAGAAUGCAAAUUCCAGUCUGUUGGAUGCGCUUUUAAGGUGAGUACAAAAUUUUUGCAUGUUAUGAAAUAUGUAGUUGGUAUUAUUAUUUUUGAGUGACGCUGACAUAAAUGGCAUUUGACUUAUCUCCACUAUAAAUUUUCUAUCUGAAGAAUGAGGAGGGCUUUUGUACUCCCCCCUGGUGUCAGCAUCACCAUUGCAUUUAGGUUUUGUUUUAUGACAAGCUUCUUAAUUUCACUAUAUCUUUUUAACUAUUUUCCCAAUUUUCAUAACACUCCGGUAAGGGAUGGUAAGGAGCUGACAUCUGAUAGAGUCAGGUAUCCAGAAGGUAAAGGUCACUUGGGAUAAAUGAUGCAAGUUUUAUGGUAAGCACCUUGAUUUUUAGCUCACCUGAGCAUGAAGUGCUCAAAGGUGAGCUUUUGUGAUCGCCCUGUGUUCGUCGUCCGUCCGUCGUCGUCAACAAUUUGACUGUUAACACUCUAGAGGUCACAAUUUUGGCCCAAUCUUAAUGAAACUUGGUCAGAAUGUUAUUCUCAAUCAAAUCUUGGACAAGUUCGAUAUUGGGUCAUCUGGGUUCAAAAACUAGGUCACCAGGUCAGAUCAAAGGAAAAGCUUGUUAACACU